AUGGAAUGUUCUGAAACGACCGUGUCCUCGUUAUCUACUGGUCAGAUGCCCCCGUCCCUAUCCCCAGGGUCCCCUGCCUUGUCCAGGGCAGACUGUGUCGCUAUGUGCUUCUUCAGUGCAUACUGUACCACAAUGUUCUACAACGAGGAAACCAAGUCUUGUCAUCUGAUGGAAGGCUUCAAUCAGACACAGCUGGUUGCCACCUCCGAGCCAAUUGAACACCUGGUGUUGGGUAAAGCUCUAUGUCCGCUCGAGUCGGGCUAUCUGUACAGCCGGAGACUGAACAUGUGUUACAAGAAGCACACCGACCUUAAAGUGUGGCCUGACGCCAAGACAGCAUGCUCAGCAGUGGGGAGCUACCUCGUCAUCAUCAACAGCGCUGAACGGAACCAAUUCAUGUACGACAUUGCGGCAGAUAUUGGACCGUUUUGGACGAGCGGGAAUAUAAUGGGAUCAUCCUGGAGAUGGGGAGACAACUCUUCAAUUGCUGAGCCCACAUUCUGGAGCCCAUGGGAACCCAACAUAGAUCAUCCAACCCACAAAUGUCUCACCUUCUGGGACCUGAGCCUCCCCAACAGCUGGCACGCUGGUGACUGUUACAUCCAUCCAAUGGCCUAUGUCUGUGAAAUAUCUAUGUAGACAGUUGUGUUUUGCUCCAUGGACAUUCGUGAAUGUUUUCAGCAGGUUAUCAUAUAUGUAACAACUUCAGCAGUUAUACUGGCAUCUUGUUAAAAGCAAUAACA